AUGUGGGGCUCGAACUCACAGACUCUGAGAUCAUGACCUGAUCUGAAGUCAGAUGCCCAACCGACUGAGCCACCCAGGCGCCCCUAUAUUAAAUAAAUUCCUGACUCUGGGAAUUCAGGCCUCUUCUUUCAACUCCUUCAACCUCUUCUUUUCGGACAAUACAGCUUUUUGGUCCUAAGAGUCUAGACCCUGGAAAGCUUAAUUAUCCUUAGGGGCAAGGGAAGCCCCAAGCAUUCACUCCUCGGUGAAUACUUGCUGACUAAAUAUUUACCUGCUAUGCUCCAGGCACUGUUUUAGGUACUGGGGGUACAGCAGUGAAUGGUAACAAGAAACAGUAUUUCUGCCCUGGUGGAGUUCAUAUUCUAACAGGUGGACAGUAAACCAGAUGGAUAAGUAAAUUAAGUACUAUAAGCUGAAGCCCUAUAACUGCUAAGGAGAAAAGUUCAGAGGAGAUGAUCCAGGAAUGAGCCAUGAGGCUUUCUUGGGAAACCCAAGGAAGAGAAGAGCAGGUGCAAAGGCCCUGGGGCAAAGGUGUGUUGGACUGAACAAAGAGCCAGGACAGCAGUGUAGUUGAAAAGGAGUGAGCAAGAUGGGGACUAGAUUUCAGAAAGAUAGUGAGAUGUAUCUGACAACUUAAGUCCCUCUAGGCCACAAUGAGAACUUUGGCUUGUAUUUUGAGUGAAAUGGAGAACCACCGAAGGGUUUUGAGCAAGAAAGCAGCAUGAUCUGACAUAUAUUUUUAUUUUAUUUUUUUAAUGUUUAUUUAUUUAUCUUGAGAGAGAGAAAGAAAGAGCAGGGGAGGGGCAGAGAGAGGAGAGAAUCCCAAGCAGGCUCCUUGCUGUCAGCACAGAGCCCCACAUGGGGCUCCAUCCCAUGAACCAUGAGAUCAUGGCCUGAGAUGAAACCAGGAGUCAGACGCUUGACCGACGGAGCCAUCCAGGCUCAGCCCCAUGACUUGUAUCUUUAAAGGAUCCUCCUGGCUGCUGUAUGGAGAACAGACUACAGCAGGGGCAAGACUGGAAGCAGGGGACCAGUUAGGGGACUGCCACAAAAUCCUGGCACUAGGUGAUGGUGGCUUGGGCCAGGGAAUGAGCAGUGAUGAAGAUGAGAAAUUGCUGCACACAAAAUCUUGUUCACUCUCCUGCGCGGAGCAAGAGAAAAUUCUCUCUCAUCGUUUACAGAUGGACCUAUAGAAAAAUAAGACAUAUUUGAAAUCAUUUUACCUUACCACGGACACAGAAGAGCUGAGGCAUCCAGGCCGUUGGCUUCAUCUUAGAUGCACAGAUCCUGGGUACCCCAGAACUUCCCAGCGUAGGAUCACAUUUGUCACUCCUCUGUGACAUGAUAUGCCUGAGUCCAUUUUCAUGGAACAGUUGGCUCACCCCCACCCAGUGUCACCAGGCUGGCGCCUCUGUGAGAAAGUCCCACUGCAAGAGGCCCUGGGGCAUUGUCAUUUUCCUCUUUGACCCUGUCUGGGUUGUCAGCGAAUCCCCAGGGCUCUCUGAACCUGGAGCCUUCCUUGGUCAGGUCCCUGCGGCCGCUGGAAGGAUGAAUUCCUGCACCAUCGUAGUGAGGCUGCUGCUGUCUGGGCCUCUUUUCUUUGCCCAGGUCUCCAGCUACAACCUGGAAGUCCGCCACGUGCAAAACUUCUCGUUCCCACACGCCGGGAGGCAUUUUGGGUACCGCGUUCUGCAGGUUGGAGACUGGGUUGUCGUAGGAGCUCCAGGUGAGGGGAACAGCACAGGAAACCUCUAUCAGUGCCAGGCAGGCACUGGCCACUGCAUCCCAGUCAGCCUGCAUGGUUCCAACUAUACCUCCAAGUACUUGGGAAUGACUCUGGCGACAGACGCCACAAAGGGAAGCCUUUUGGCCUGUGACCCUGGACUGUCUCGGACAUGUGACCAGAAUGUUUAUCUGAGUGGCCUGUGUUACCUUUUCGACCAGAAUCUGAAGGGUCCUGUGCUGCAAAGUCAUCCUGGUUAUCAGGAAUGUAUAAAGGGCAACGUAGACUUGGUAUUUCUGUUUGAUGGUUCAAUGAGCCUGCAGCAAGAUGAAUUUCAGAAAAUUCUGGACUUCAUGAAGGAUGUGAUGAGGAAACUCAGCAACUCUUCCUACCAGUUUGCUGCUGUUCAGUUUUCCACGGAAUGCAAAACAGAAUUUGAUUUCUUGGAUUAUGUUAGGGUGAAGAACCCUGAUGCUCUGCUGGGCAAAGUAAAACAUAUGCGGCUGUUGACCAAUACCUUUCAUGCCAUCAACUAUGUCAUGGAAAAGGUGUUCCGGCAAGACCGGGGGGCCCGGCCAGAUGCCACCAAAGUGCUUAUCAUCAUCACUGAUGGGGAAGCCACUGACUCAGAUCAGAACAUUGACUCAGCCAAAGACAUCAUCCGCUACAUCAUUGGGAUCGGAAAGCAUUUUGAAACCAAGGAAAGUCAGGAAACGCUCCACAAGUUUGCCUCAAAACCUGCAAAGGAGUUUGUAAAGAUUCUGGCCACAUUCGAGAAGCUUAAAGAUCUGUUCACUGAGCUGCAAAAGAAGAUCUAUGCCAUUGAGGGCACGAGCAAACAGGACCUGACAUCCUUCAACAUGGAGCUGUCCUCCAGUGGGAUCAGUGCUGACCUCAGCCAGGGUCAUGGUGUCGUGGGGGCAGUCGGAGCCAAGGAUUGGGCUGGGGGCUUUCUAGACAUGGAUGCCAAACUGCAGGAUGAUAGAUUUGUUGGGAAUGAACCGCUGACACCAGAAGCAAGAGCAGGAUAUUUAGGUUACACUGUGACCUGGCUGCCCUCCAACAAAACGCUCACAUCGCUGCUGGCGGUUGGAGCCCCCCGAUACCAGCAUGUGGGGCGGGUGCUGCUGUUCCAGGAGCUGAAGGGCAGAGGACACUGGAGCCAAGUCCAGAAAAUAGAUGGGAUCCAGAUUGGCUCUUAUUUCGGUGGCGAGCUGUGUGGCGUUGACAUGGACCAAGACGGGGAGACAGAGUUGCUGCUGAUUGGAGCCCCCCUGUUCUAUGGGGAGCAGAGGGGAGGCAGGGUGUUUGUCUACCAGAGAAAACAGCUGGGGUUCGAAGUGGUCUCAGAACUGCAGGGAGAUCCUGGCUACCCUCUCGGGCGAUUUGGAGCAGCGAUCACGGCCCUGACCGACAUCAAUGGGGAUGAGCUGGCGGACGUGGCUGUGGGGGCCCCUCUGGAGGGGCAGGGGGCUGUGUACAUCUUCAACGGGCAGCAUGGUGGGCUGAGCCCCCAGCCAAGCCAGCGGAUAGAAGGGGCCCAGGUGUUCUCAGGAAUUCGGUGGUUUGGACGCUCCAUUCAUGGGGUGAAAGACCUUGGAGGAGAUGGCCUGACAGAUGUGGCUGUGGGAGCGGAAGGGCAGGUGAUCAUACUCAGCUCCCGGCCUGUAGUAGAUGUCCUCACUCUGAUGUCCUUCUCCCCGGCUGAGAUCCCAGUGCAUGAAGUGGAAUGCUCCUAUUCAGCCAGUAACAAGAAGAAAGAAGGAGUUAACAUCACAGUCUGUUUCCAGGUUAAGCCUAUUACCCCCCAAUUUCAAGGUCAGUGCCAUUCUCCUGCUCCCCAGAGCAGCUGCCCACCCCAGAUGCAGGCUUUUGGCCCCAGGAUCUGCCACCAUCCAACUCCUGCCUUUUCACCCUGCCCAGGGCACCUGGUUGCCACCCUCACUUACACUCUGCAGCUAGAUGGCCAUCGGACCAGAAGCCGGGGGCUGUUCCCAGGAGGUAGACGUGAACUCAGCAGGAACACAGAGGUCACCCAAGACGAGUCCUGCAUCAAGUUCUGGUUCCACUUCCCGGUGUGCAUUCAAGACCUCAUCUCUCCCAUCAACGUCUCCCUAAAUUUCUCUCUCCGGGAAGAAGAAGGGACACCAAGGGACCAAUGGCUGCAGGGCCAGGACAUUCAGCCCAUCCUGAGACCCUUACCGCAUGCAGAGACCAAGGAGAUCCCUUUUGAGAAGAACUGCGGGGAGGACAAGGAGUGUGAGGCGAACCUGAAGCUGUCCUUCUCCCCUGCAAGAUCCAGAGUCCUACGUCUGACGCCCUCUGCCAGCCUCUCGGUAGAGCUGAUGCUGAGUAACUUGAGAGAAGAUGCCUACUGGGUCCAGCUCAACCUGAGCUUCCCCCAGGGACUCUCCUUCCGCAAAGUAGAGAUACUCGAGCCCCACAGCCAGAUACCUGUGAGCUGCGAGGAGCUUCCUCAGGAAUCCAAGCUUCUGACCAGGACCCUCUCUUGCAACGUGAGCUCUCCGAUCUUUAAAGCGGGCACCUUGGUUGCCAUCCAGGUGAUGUUCCACAAGCUGCUGAACAGCUCCUGGGGGGACUUUGUCGAGCUGCACGCCAGUGUGAACUGUGACAAUGAGGAGUCAGACCUCUUGGAGGACAACUCUGCCACCACCAGCAUCCCAGUCCUGUACCCCAUCAACAUCCUCACCAAGGACCAGGAAAACUCCACACUGUAUGUCAACUUCACCCCCAAGGGUCCCAAGAUCCGCCAUGCCAAACACAUCUACGAGGUGAGGAUUCAGCCUUCUCCCUAUGACCACAACGUGCCCCCCCUGGAGGCCUUGGUCGGGGUACCAGAGUCACACAGCAAGGGGCCCAUCAAACACGAGUGGACUGUGCAGAUCCUGCCCAGAGGAGGGCAACACACCCAGGAUCCUUCUGUGACCUGCCACCGUGAGGAUCCGGAGACGCUGCCCACUGUGGCUGAGCCUUGUUUGCCCAAAGCCAAGUUCCGCUGCCCACUUACGUUCAAGCAGGAGAUCCUCGUCCAAGUGAUCGGGACAAUGGAGCUGGUGGAGGAGAUCAAGGCCUCCUCCAUGCUCAGCCUCUGUAGCUCUCUCUCCAUCUCCUUCAACAGCAGCAAGCACUUCCACCUGUAUGACGACAGUGCCUCCCUGGCCCAGGUCAUCAUGAAGGUGGACAUCGUAUAUGAGAAGGACAUGCUCUACGUCUACGUGCUGAGCAGCACUGGGGGACUAUUGUUGUUCCUGGUGAUUCUCGGGGUACUCUACAAGCUCGGCUUCUUCAAACGGAAUCUGAAGGAGAAGAUGGAGGCUACCGUAGAAGCUUCGAAUGGAAUCCCUAGAGAAGACUCUGGACAACCAGAGCCCAAGGAAGAGGGUGGGGAUCCGGGCUGCCUGGAGCCCCUCCAGGAGGAGGAGACCCAGGAUGGAAAUGACAAAGACUGAGGCCCAGGCCCGAUGCAGAGGGCCCAGGACUGGACUCGGGAGGCCUGGUACCACUCUGCCUCUACCUGUGUUUCACUGCGUGUCUUCGGGCAAGCCACUGCCCCCACCCAGGCCCCAGUUUCGCUGUCUGGCACGUGGAGCUCACUCCUGCCGGCCUGCUUUGCAGGUUCAUGGUGAGGGAUGGGCCAGGAAGGCUGCGGAGGCGAGGCCUUGUAAUUCUCGGCUGGUCCUGGCUUCCCCCAGUCCUUCUUAGUAUCCUCCCCUGGAAGAGACUGAUCUAAAUUUGGAAAAAACUGUCAUCUCAGGACCUAGUGACCCUCCCGGCCCUCACACCCACCUGCCCUUGGACGUCCUCAGAGGCCCCAGACUCCCAGAACCUCGUCCUUCACUCUCCCCUGCCUGGAGUCCGGUCAGCUUUCCAGUCUGCCACCAGAGAGCAAAGCCAGAGAGCAAAUCCGAUCUGUGUCACUACAUGGCCGCUGCAAACCCCCUGCUCUUUGGCUACAGACCAAGUUCCUUAAUACGCCUUCCACGAUCUGCGAAAUAGCCUUAACAUGCCCGUGCAGAAUUGGGCCCCUGUUGCCUUCCUGGCCUCCUCCAGAGACUCCCCGCCUCCCUUUCUAAGCUCCGAUUACACCAGUCUUUCUCGCUAGCCAGGCUCCUUCCUGUCUCACCGCCUUCACCCAGACUGCUCCCUCUGCCUGGAACAUUCCUCCGCAGCCCUUUUCCUGGCUGGCUCUCUCAGCCUUCAGAUCUCAGCUGGAGUACAACUGCCUCAGGGCCGCCCCAACCCCUACCCAGGUGGGUUCCCGUGUUACAUUUGCCCCUCACAGUACAGCUCACACUGUUACUUAAUAUUUGUCUCUCAAAUUAAACAUCGAACUCCGAGAGGGUAGGGACCAUACCUGUCAUGUUCACCUUGGGAUCCCUUGGUGACAUCACAGAGCCAGACCCAGUAGGCGCUUGCACAAUUUCACUGAACCUAGCGCCUGUGAAAAGAUCGAGAAAGUGUUUCGGAUGGGCCCCUGGCGUCUCCACCCUUCAAGGUCUUCCCCAGGCUCCUGCCUCCUUGCUCCCAGCCCCCACCAGGACUCCAUCCCACCCCGCUGCGGCCCCCACUGGGAGGCUGUGAGCUCAAGGGAGCAGGCCACGGCUGUCCACCUGGCUCACGGUGCCUGCAUAUGUGUACCCAAUAAAUGUGAAAAUCUGUCCAA